GUCACCAUCUGCGUCAUGAACGCGAACAAUCGCCAUUCUUAACUCACCUACACUCACACGCUCCUUACUUUUCACGAGGCCAGAAUGCCAACUGCUGCCGACAUUAAGCGCAAGAACGCCAACUUUGCCGCACGCGCGGCGGCGGGCAAGCGGACCACGAGGCCAAGCAAGUCGCUCCAGAGGCGGGGGGCGGCCAAGUGGGUCAUUGGCGCCAUGCUGUUCCUCGCUGUCGGCGGAACGGUCGUUGAGAUCAUCCGUCUGAUUGUGUACGGAACUUUGUGAGCUCGACAUGAUGUCGGCGCGGCCGACACGGCGCGAGAGAACGAGAUCCGAGAGCCUCCGAUGGCGCGAUGAUGAGGCUGGGGGGAGCAGGGAGAUGGGAGAUGUCGAUGCUUGUGCAGAUGAUUGGAGACGAGAGACGCAGAUGACAGACGCAACCACAGCGACAGUUACGUGUAGCAAUGAUGCAUUGGACCCUAUCUAGUA